AGUAGAUAUAACCGUAAGGAAUAUUUGGAUAUCUCUAUGUACUGUAUGUUGCGAUUGUGCAAAACUUAUUUAACGACACCCUUUUGAGAAAACAUUCAUUUGUUUGUUUACAAAACUAUUGGCGGCCACAAAAGGAGCACCGAACUAGAGGUUGGGUGCUUGGUAAAAUGCAAAUACGACUAUGUGCCACACUUUACAGACCACCAUAAAUUUGCCAUUAUAAAAGGAUCGUAAAUGUCAAUAUCUAGUCAGUGUACUUGCUAGAGUUAUUUAGCGCGGUGUUUUGCAAUUUUCAUCAUACUUGACUAUAUAAGUAUACUUUGUAUGUACGUCGGUAAAUCACAUGAAGCUAUGAUUUACUAUAUUUUAUUAUUACUUCCAAUGCACUGUAUAGAGGCUAAGAUACAACAACAAUGGCAAUAUCGUGUGAUUUCAAAUACAACAACUAAAGCGUUGAACUUAGAAGAAGUUGGAGAGAAACUUCACAGAUAUAUUUUGCAGAUACCUUAUCUCAAUGUGUUGCUACGUGCGAAGCAUUUGGAAAGCGAUGACGCCAACCCCUAUUUGCGUUGGUUCCUUCGACACAGUAGCCUACCGCUAAUUAUUAAAGUCUAUGACGAGCUGAAUCUUGUCAAUAAGACGGAGCCGUCGUUGUCAGUUAAAAGUAAACGCGAUAGUUUCGUCAUUAUGACUGAUUCACAGCAGCUAGCAAAGGAUGCGCAGCGUUUUGUACAACGAGCGGGGGUGUUCUUUUUCAUACUCAGUGACACGCAACUGCCAGCAGAUAAUACUAAUGUGCUUCACGCUUUAAAUACUUUGUGGAUUAAAUAUAGAGCUUUCAAGAAUUUCUUGCUCACAGUUGAAGGUAUUUUUUAUUUUAAUCCCUUCGAAUACAAUGAUAUCCGGCAAAGGUAUGGGAAAAUUGUUCGUUAUGAACACAGUGAAUCGCUGAAUACUGCCUUGUUUCGGGACAUGCAUGGCUAUCCGUUGCGUGUGCAAAUUUUCAAAUCAGUCUAUGCCCGCCCAUUAUUUAAUAAAAGCAAUCCAUCGAUUAAGGAUGUGUAUGGAGUGGAUGGACGUGUGGCAGAACUUUUACAACAACGUAUGAACUUUACAAUGGCCUUGCAAGAGCCAGAUCCCAACUAUUUUGGUGAACGCUCGAUAGAUGGUAAAUACAAUGGUGUGAUCGGAUCCAUUAUUGAGGAUAGGAUCGACUUGUGUCUCACGGGUUUCUUUAUAAAGGAUUAUUUGGUGGGAGAUUAUAUGGAUUUUACGGUAGCCGUUUACGAUGACAAAUUGUGCAUUUAUGUGCCAAAAGCUCAGCGCGUCCCUCAGUCCAUUUUGCCACUGUUUUCGGUACAUGUAGACGUUUGGUUAGGUUUUAUACUGACUGCUUUCGUAUGCUGUGCCUUUUGGUGCAUCAUACGGCACCUAAAUAUAUGCCUCAACAUAAAAAAAUGCGCCGAUACACCGCUUGAACGAAGUCAGUGGUGGCAGUUCGUGAGAAUCUACAUAGACACAUGGGUACUUUGGGUGCGUGACAAUCUUGUGCAGUAUCCGCCCUUCAAUUCAGAACGCAUCUUUAUAGCAUCACUUUGCCUGGUAAGCGUUAUAUUUGGCGCAAUAUUCGAGUCCAGUUUGGCUACUAUAUUUAUACAUCCAUUAUAUUAUAACGAUAUAAACACAUUGGAGCAGCUUGAUGAGAGCAAUCUAAAAAUCAUAUACAAAUACUCAUCAAUGGCGGAUGAUCUAUUUUUCGCUGAAACAUCUCCACUUUUUGCAAAUCUCAAUAAGAAAUUAGUACAUGUACAGAACUUAAACGCCGAUGUCGUAUUGGAUAUUGCCAAAAAUGGCGGAAAAGCCGGUGUCUCACGCGCCAAUUCGCUAUUGUUAGAAUCUCUGCAGUUCAUAUUGGCAAAACAAGUCUAUAUUGUACCUGAAUGUCCAAAAGAUUACACUAUUUCCUACGUCAUACCGAAAGAUGCCCCCUGGGAGGAAGCUAUCAACAAUUUGCUCCUACAAUUCGCUUCUUUGGGACUAAUUAGAAAAUGGAUCAACGACAUGAAAACAGCAGUUGACAUCGAUGUAAUGACAAAUGGCAUGAAUUUCGAUCAAACCGAUAUAUUUAAAGUGCUUACGGUUAACGAUUUACAGUUGGCAUUCUAUGUGGUGAUAUUGGGUAACUCUCUGGCCGGAUUGUCAUUAAUCCUUGAAUCCUGUCUCAAAAGAUGUAGCAAACGUACGAAGAUUAAAAUGAAGGAUGAUGGAAUCUAAUGUAUGCUUCGUGGUUGUUACAGAAAGAUUUAACAGUGUUCAAAUAAAAUGAGAUUAUGCUAACAUAAAUACAAAAUUAUUAUAUUCACCCGACCAGAACCUUGCCCCAAUUACUGCCAGUUAGCGACUUGAGAAUCUUAUUGCGGCUCUGUACUUUUGUGAUAAUCGCGGUUGUGUGCGGAGUGAAGGAGGGCAGACUGUCAAAUGUAAUACCUAAAAUUUUAGAGUGGUUUAUCGUCGAAAUUUUAACAUCAUCGAUGGGGAUAAAAUUUGAGGUCCAGUUUGUACUCCUUCGUCCAGUUUGUAAAUAGGGUGGUAGUGGAUUUGGCAGGGGAGAGUUUCCUUGCAGUGAAGAAGAGUGAAAGUUCUCGGAGAUAGGCGUUCGCUUUUAAACACAUGCCAUCAAUUCUAUUAUCCGACGUCAUUAUCGUAUAAGUAAUAUUGUCGUAUACAUUAGAGCUCUUGGUAUUCGACUAAUCGACUAA